AUGGGUGUCGGACGACGCAUGAAGAAGCAGGGGCCUCCCCAACCCCUGUCAGAAGAGCACUUUGCCAAGCUCAAGCGCAAGGCCGGUCUGCCUGCCGAUCCUGUUGUCGCAGCACCCGAGAGGAAGAAGCGGAAAACCAACAAGUCCCAGGAGGCCAAGAGCAAUGGCGCCGCUACGAAGAAGUCUGCGACCAAGAAGACGAACGGCGCAAAGCCCGUAAAGGACGAGAAGGCGACGACCGCGCCCAAGGCGAAUGGCAGGUCGAAGAAGGCCAAGGCCCCGGUUGUCCUGGAGGAUGUCUCCGACGAAGAGAUGGACGAUGAGUUUGACAUUGAGGAUCUGGAGGACGCCGAUCUGUCCGACGGUGGUGCGGGCCUAAAGGACGAUUUCCUCGAGUCUGAUAACGAGGACUCAGUGUUCGAUUCGGACGAGGAGGGCGGCAAGGGAAGGGCCAUGUUCUCUGAGGACGAGGACGAGUCGGACGCCGAGGAGAAGCUCACAGCCGCCAACAUCGCCGGUCUCACAAGAAAACUAGAUGCCCAAUUGGCAGAGGAGGCCGCUGAAGCUGAGGCUGAGUUGGCCGAGGCCGCGCUGCAGACCAACAUCGACGGCGACAAGCCCCAUAUUCUACAAGACGACGAUGAGGACGACGAGCUCAACGCCACAGCCAGCGCCCUCCUCGCCCCCGACCUACAACUCCUCCGAACUCGAAUCACCGAAAACAUCCGCGUGCUCGACGACUUCGCUAAGCUCUCCGAGGACGGCCGCUCCAGGGCCGAGUACACAGCGCAGCUAAUCAAGGACAUCUGCGCCUACUACGGCUACUCCGAGUACCUGGCCGAGAAGCUCUUCAACCUCUUCACGCCCCGCGAGGCGUUUGCCUUCUUCGAGGCCAACGAGUCGGCCCGCCCCGUCGUCAUCCGAACCAACACGCUGCGCACCCAUCGCCGCGAUCUCGCCCAGGCCCUCAUCAACCGCGGUGUCACCCUCGAGCCCGUCGGCAAGUGGUCCAAGGUCGGUCUCCAGGUCUUCGAGAGCAACGUGCCUCUCGGUGCCACGCCCGAGUACCUCGCCGGCCACUACAUCCUCCAGGCCGCCUCCUCCUUCCUGCCUUGCAUGGCCCUCGACCCCCAGGAGAACGAGCGCGUGCUAGAUAUGGCCGCCGCCCCUGGCGGUAAGACAACUUACAUGGCCGCCAUGAUGAAGAACACUGGCUUCAUCAUGGCCAACGAUCCCAACAAGGCCCGAGCCAAGGGUCUGAUCGGUAACAUCCACCGCCUCGGCGCCCGCAACGUCAUCGUCUCCAACUACGACGCCCGAGAGUUUCCCAAGCCCAUGGGCGGCUUCGAUCGCGUCCUGCUCGAUGCCCCUUGCUCAGGAACCGGCGUCAUCGCCAAGGAUCCCAGCGUCAAGACCAACAAGACCGAGCGUGACUUCAUGCAACUCCCCCACAUCCAGAAGCAGCUUCUCCUCGCCGCCAUCGACUCCGUCAACCACGCCUCCAAGACCGGAGGCUACAUCGUCUACUCGACCUGUUCCGUCACCAUCGAGGAGAACGAGUCCGUCGUCCAGUACGCCCUCAGCCGCCGCCCCAACGUCCGCCUCGUCGACUCCGGCCUCGCCUUCGGCAAGGAGGGCUUCACCAGCUUCAUGGGCAAGAACUUCGACCCUUCCGUCCGCCACACCCGCCGCUACUACCCGCACACCUACAACGUCGACGGCUUCUUCGUCGCAAAGUUCCAGAAGUUCGCCGCCACCAGCGCAAAGGCUGCUGCCGCCCGCGACAGCUCCGGCUCUUAUGUCAACAACAACGCCGCCGAGGUCGUCGACCGCACCCCCAUCACCGACGACGAGGAUGGUGCGACCGGCGAUGACUUUGGUGGCUGGGACGAUGAUGAGGACAAGGAGUACAUGGAGAAGGGACGACGAAACGCCAUGCGCCGGAGAGGUCUGGAUCCCAGGAGUAACGACAAGAAGGCCAAGGCCGCCAAGAGCAAGAAGCCGAGUAAAAAGUAG